AUGAUUCAGCAGCAUCCUCUAUCACAUCUUCAAGGUCUACAGAUUUAUCUAAAGUCUUGCCUGAGCCGCAAUCUAGUUCAUCUGGAUGCAAUGGGUGAGGCAUUUUCAUCUGUCAGCGCUUUGAUAGAAAAUGCAAUGAAUUUCUCCAAAAAGGGGGCCUACUGCCUUUCCCGACCUACGGACUCUGUUAAGUAUUCACCCGAGGAACCAAAGCCAGUUCCUCACGAGGAUUCGGAAAAGAGUGAAGACGCUGGUGAUGGUGCUUCGGAUUUACCUAGCGAUACUAACAAAGUGCGCCUUCUCUUUCCGCUUAGUCGACACCAGCUAAGUCCAACGCUUCAGUUCCUCUGCCGAUUUGCCAUUCAAAAAUAUAUUCGUUCCGGUGUACUGGAGCCAACACGUCUUCUAGACACUUAA